UAAACCUUCCUAUGCAGUCAUCCAUGUGACGUGUUAUUACACAAAGAUAUCAUAAUAUAAGCCGGGUAACAAUUCUAAUAUUGGCAUUUGUUAAAUCAAUGUUUACUUUUAACGAUCAACAAAGUUUUAAAUUCGAUUUAAAAUAAUAUUUUGUUACACAAAUACAGUCUAUAUAAGAUGUGUAAAUCUUAUCGAUCUAUAACGGAGAGAAAAUAGUUGUAUACAAAUAGAAUGAGUACAGUGUGACGUUUUUAAAGUGUCCAAAAGCGUUUUUAUAAAGAAAUCAAUACAUGUAAACAUAGCCGGAUUAAACAUGUGUUAAAGGUGCUGGGACAGAUCAAUGAUAGGAUUAUAGAACUGACUAACUAUUUAUUCUAACUCGGACAGGAUAUAGCUAAAAAUAUAACUAAAGGUAUAUCAGAUAACUGACUUGAUUGUGUCACGGUGCUGUUGGAUGACGAAAGUUGACGAACAUCUCAUCUUCGACAAGGCAUCAUACUACAUGGUAUAUAUUUUGUCAAUAACUUGUCGAGCAUACAAUGGAAAAUAUUUCCUUGUUAAACACUAUUGUAAACUCGUCCCGAGUGGUGGAUUGAUUUACGCCUGCAUGUUCGUUCCAGGGUAAUGUGAAUUUAGUGUAUUCUUGUCAUGGAUAAACUGUGUCGUUAUUUAGUCAAUAGUUCUACGAUGGAAACGACAACUUGAUACCAAAAAUAAACUUACUCGAUACCUGAGUGUUUGAUAUGAACAAUUCUACUUCAAUUAUGUAAAUUCCAAACGUGAUACAUUUAACCUCUUCUACUUACUCGACCAAGAACAUUGUUACACGUAACCAUUCUCCAGAACUCGAACUUUGAACGGUACCAUAUCUCAAUGAGGUAUCAUAGUACGUAUAGUGGCAACAUAUCUUCUGUCUGUGACAUGAGUACAGAGUGAUAUACGCUACACUUCGUGACAGGAGUAAUACUACACUGGCAGGUGUACAUAGUCAUUGACACUACUGACAAUGCUACGACAAAUCGAGUAACCCAAAGCUUUCACACAUCUAGCAAUGCUAGGUAUAGUGUUGUCCAUUACUAGCAUGGUAUUAUACCUGGCAGAAACAGGUUUAAAUAUACACUUAUGUCUAACCCGAAUUACCUCAGACUUCACGUCAUCGGUUAUAAUUUUAUCUUUAACCGCCGGACCAUUAAUUCUUGUGAACGUCAUAUCUACCAUCCUGGUGCUAAGGACCAUGGACUUCAGCGGUCGAGGAUGUGCUCGUACAAUCUGCAUCUUACUCCAUUUUCUACAAGUAGGACUUAUUUGGCGAUGUUUAAAGUUGCUUCUAUUGUUUGAUGAACAUGAUUGGAGGGAGUUUAUAAUACUCAGGUUGAUACACACAGCUAUGCAAAGUUUCCCAAUCUUACUCUUGAAAGGCAGUCAUUUCUUCAGUGGCCACGAUACCACUUCAGAAGUAAUAAUUCUUGUAAUUAUAGGCGUAAUCGCUAAUUCUAUUGUGUUUUCAAUGUACAAUACACAAAAGUUUCUCUUUGAAAACGACGACUUUUCUAAAUUAAGUGUUCGGAUAAGAAAACCGGUUGGUAUCAUAAUGUUAACAUUUGGUACCAUCUUUCUUAUGUUCUCAAGAUGUGGAUCCAUUAUGUUAUUUCAAGCUGUUAUACCACGUUGGCUUCCUCUGCCAUUAGGAUUUCAUUUUCUAGUAUAUUUAUUUUCCACCACUAUUUUAACUUUUUGCAAUGGCAAAGGCAGCAUUUUACAAGUUUUUAAGAAUAUAUGUUUAUCUUAUUUUAAUAUUUUUGACAUUUUCAACAAAGAGAAUCAAAAGAUAAUGUGCGUGAAUGUUCUUCUGUAUAGUGGACUUCUUGUAGAAAAUGUGAUUAUGACAGGAUUCUGGAUGAUGAACAAUACAUGGGAUUAUAAAUACCAACUAGGAACUACUGUCUCAAUUAUACUGACGUUUGUAUGUGGAAUGUUCCUUAAAUGUUGCAGUUGUAGUUAUCUGCAGAAUGAAACAUUCAAACCAUUCUCUGACGCUGUUUACCAACUUGAAUUAGAAAUAGCAAUGAAAAAUACAGCUCAUGAUUUCUCUGUAAAACACGGGAUUGAGAUACAAAAUCAUGAACAAUAUGGGGAAAAUCAUUGUUCAAUUAUUAGUUUACAAAAUGGAUAUAUUCAUAAAGUUCCACAUAACGGAAACAAUAAGAAUGGAACAUCCGAAAAUUUAAAGGGGGAAAUAUCAAUUGAAAAUGACGAUUCCACACCUUCAAGGAAAAAGCGAAGAAAACAUAGUAGCAAUGUAGAUUUAGCAUCUAGUAAUAGUCGGAAUACAAACACUUUAAAUGUUAGUGACCCAAGUAAUAUAUUCUGUCAUAUAAACAACUCUCAUUUACAUAAUGCUCAAACAAUGCCCUGUCUAACAGUCAAAAGACGACCCGAACUGUCUGUUCGAACAUCUGAUCGAAAACCAAAUAAUUCGGAGAUAAAGCGAUCGUUCUGUAAAAGUCCACCAAAAAAUAGAAAAUCGCCCCUUCCAUUAUUUCCAAACGAGUGCUCUGAUUUUGUUUCAAAUAAAACUUUUGAAACAAAGCAUGUGCUUAGUAACUCUGUUGACGAGUACAACGUCGGUAGCAGUGACACGUCAUAUUCUGUCAGUUAUAGUUAUUACGCGGAUACCAGUGAUUGGUCAUCUAUGUCAUGUGAUUCCAGUAGUGCGAUGACGUGGCCUCCGUCAAAUCCUAUAUCCUUUAUAAAUCUUCACUGCUUGCCGAAAGAGAAAAUAGCGCCCACCGAUAGUGUUCAGCAUUGGUUGACCCAGUUAGACGAAUGGGACCAAUCCAUUGAAAACGAUUCAUUUGAAAUAUCAUCCAAAGACAGAACUUUAUCCCCAGUGCCGUCAUCAGAAUACACAGACAAAAGUUCAAGAUACCAAAACGUCUUGAUAGGAACACAAGCAAAUAGACAUACUCUUGCACACAGAGAGUCGGACAUUUUACUGAGACCAAAGGACGCAUUAUUACAAUUCAGAGAAUCAAAACGUUUAAGUUACCUCCCCUAUGAUCCGUCGGAUUAUAAGAAAACGCAGCAGUCAGCUAACGAGAACUCAAUUGUUAUAUGGCAUGAGAGAGAAACGACUCCGACAAAUACAGUUCAGGAAUCUAUGGUAUAGAAUAAAAACAAGUUAAUACUU